AUACUAAACAUCACUCAGCGUGAACUAAAAAACAAAAAUGUUUUUCCUUCACUUGGUAAAGUCGGUGUAGGAUACUGUAGGACUAGUUUAUUUGCGUAUGUCGUAUUUUGUUUUCUUUGCAUUCACGGCUUGGUAUGGAUUAUGUAUUGAAUGCAUUAUUUUAAAGGCUGUCAUGGUACACUAUUAAGUUCUGUCAUUGGUAUGCCUCAGAGUCAAGCAGUAAUUUAAAUCUAGCUAUAUCAUUGGUCGUCUGGUCAUCUGGUCACUUAUGAGUGACCAUGACCACUCUGCUCAAACUCAAACCUAAGGGUUCCGUCAUCUUGGUGGCCAUAGGCGGCACUCUACUGCUGAUCGGAGUGGUGCUGCACAUCAUUAGCAUGUCCACGGACUAUUUCGCCAUCCUGAAAGAUGCAGACGCGAAGUAUGUCGCUACCAAUGUCACACGUCGCUAUACUCCAGACAAUCUGACAGGAGUGGACACUGAGUUGAGGUUCGGGUUGUGGCGGCUUUGUGUUGGCUCCGCCUCACUCUCUCAGAAAGCACAAAGUCAGUGCUAUGCAAUUAGUGCUAAUGGCACGGACGUCAUUCUCUCACCAUAUUGGAUUCAGUCAGCACAAGUGUUGUCCAUUGUCGGGGUCAUCGUGGCUGGAUCUGGUGUCAUUUCGACCAUAGCUUGGAUCUUAAAUGACUUGGCCAAAUGUGUCAAUUUAUUCUUGGUGGUCUCUGUUACCUGUGCCGUUAUAGGAGGUAUAUUGAUACUCAGCUCAGAUAUCACGUUCGCUGCCAAGUACAGCAUUGACAUCUACCACAGCCACGUCAACAACAUCUACUUCACCACUUCAGCCAGCGCUGUGCAACAAGCCUUCGAGAUCGCCGCGCUGGACUUCUUCCUGGACGUUGGCUGGAGCUUCGCGCUGGACAUUGCUGCUGGAUCUCUGUGUGUCCUCUCUGCCGUGCCAAUGCUGCUGGCCGCCAUCGUGACGUCCAGGAAGUCUCCUGCUGCUUCUUCCUCAACAAAGUCAAAGAAGAGUGACUUGGAACGUUUAGAGUUUUUUCGUGCCAGCGAGGGGGAUACAAGAUUUUAAUGAUAAAAACAAGAUUCCAUUCCAUAAAUCAUUGCAUCGAAGGCUACAACAGAAAAUGUUUCUAACGCAUCUGUAAAAAUCAUCCUAAAUCUAAUCAUAUACUUAUCAAAUAUUGCAUCAAAUACUGUAUGAAAGACUUUAUCAAAAGGCACAUUAUAGCCACUAUCAAAGUUUACAUCUAAGAAACAUGGUACUGCUUAUUGGCUUUGUUUUAUUUUAUUUUGUUCCGCAUCUCAUUAAGUGCUGUCCUAUUACAUACAAACAUACUUUUGCUUCGAACUUAAGAAAUUUGCUAAAUUGUAAACUUUUAAUUAAAAAACAACAACUAUUGCAUCGAAGGCACCAUCAAAAUCUUUAUCUAAUGCUUCCAAAAUUCUUCCGAGGUCUCAAUUAAAUAUUGCAUAAAAAAUGCACCAAAAUGUUCAUCUAAUCCUACAUUAAGGACACUAUAAAGGUCUACAUAUAAGAAACAUGGUAAGGCUUAUUGGCUAUUAUGUUUCUUUUUUUUUUCCUUACCUCAUGAAGUACUGCAUCGUUCCAUAAACAUAUACAUUUAUAUUGUUGAUUUAAAAAUAUUCUAAAUAGUAAAGCAUAAAAAAAACAGAUUUUGUGUAAAUUUAUGCAACCUCGUUGGAACUCUAACAAAUGUCUGGCUAGAGCUCAGCUUUACAGUGGCGUAGCUAGAGUGGGGAGAGGGAAGAGGAGAAUUUGUAAAUCCCCCCAAAUGAUUGUUGUUGUUUUUUACAUCAAAUAUUAAACAUUACGCAAAAUAAAGGGGCCCCCAAAAAAUGGCAAAUUCCUAACUACGCCACUGUCAGCUAAUGACCAUGUUGUUGCUGUCAUCGUUGCACAUGAAUACUAUCGUGCAAAACAAAAUCCUUUUCCAAAAACAGAAAUGACAUUAUAUGUGUGUAAAAAAUUUAUUUUACAUCUUUUUACAAUUAUACAAAUCUACUCUCUUGCCUGGGUAUUAUAACUGUAUUGUGGUAAUUAAAAAUAGUAUUUAUUAUAAAGCCAAUAUAAUUUAUUUAGCAUUACAUAAAUUUCCAUUGAAAUCAGAUUUGAGACAAAUUUUCCUUGCUUGGACUCGUUCGACAGACGAUUAGAUCAACAAGAGACUAGUUGUAGUAUUUUACAUUCCUAUAUAACCUGUAAAGAAAAAUAUUUAUUUAAAAAAAAAAAGAAGGAAAAAAAAGCCAGAUCUAAUUAAGACAACCAUGAACCUUAAUGUCUUCGAAAUUAUCUCGCCUGAAAAGAUAGCGUCCUAAUAACAUUAACAUUCACUAUAUGCAGCGGGGAGGCGCUGCGGCUGAGCGGUAAAGCGCUUGGCCUCUGAACCGGAGGUCCCUGGUUCGAUUCCACCUGAGUCCACCCAGCUCUAAUGGGUACCUGACAUUAGUUGGGAAAAAGUAAAGGCGGAUGGUCGUUGUGCUGGCCACAUGACACCCUUGUUAACCAGACCACAGAAACAGAUGACCUUAACAUCAUCUGCCUUGUAGAUCUCUAGGUCUGAUAGGGAAACUUGUUUUAAAUAAGGAAUGGGUUAGGUCUACGUUUGCUAUACAAACCCUAAUUUCCCAAACAAAAGCAUAAUGUUUGUCCAUGAUGUAGAGCUAUUUUGAAAUGUGCAUUUACCUGGCCACGUCCUCUUCUCCCACGUCUGAGACUUACCUGGUGAUAGGUGUCUUAAUUUACUAAAAUGAACAGACAAAAAAAAAGAAAGAAACAGUAGAUAGUUACAAUUUUAUUUUCGCUGUCAUCGGAUGGCUUUUUAAAACAUUUGUUUUCGACUGCCGGAUGUCUGCUAAAACUAAACAGACUUCUGACUGCCGUCACGAUGUGCCCGAAUUUAAGCACGCUACCAUCUUCUUGACGACACCAGUGGUCAUAGAAGGCCUGAACCUUCGACGUCGCAAUCUGUGGGCAGUUUAGACCAAUAGCUCUUUGCCACUUCACAGGUCUGAACGACGUGGCCACAAGCUCUUUGUGUCUCCUGCCCACAGAUUGCGACGUCGCAGGCCAGUGUUGAUGCCUACUAUGACCAUUGGCCUCACUCUGUCACCAUGCAGGAGGUUUGGACUUGGGCGUAGUAGUCUUUAUUUUGGAAAGAAAGUUACAAAUAAAAUAAACAAACAAAAUGUUCAACGUUUGUUUUGCGCUUUUUAGAAACGAACAUUAUCAAAUGUUUGAUUUCACAAUAAAAAUAAAUCAAAUUGA